GUUGGCUGCUCCUCAGACUCUCCAAGGAGGCUGCGAUGGAGACAGGAUGAACCUGGCGGGGUGUUUUUCAAAGGAAAGUGCCUCUGGGGUGUCGUUACCCGGUGGUGUCAUUCCCAGAAACGUCUAUUACGGAGAAGAAGGAGGUUGUUACCAUUUUGUCGAUGCCUGAGGAUUAUGGACUCUUACAAUAACGAUGGACCGUUUAACGGUUUGGGUAGCUGCUUAGUUGUUCCUCUUUCUGUUCUUCUCUAAUGUAGCUAACAAUUUUUUAGCGCAUAAUAACAUUGUCUCUCCCCCCAAAAUCUUGAAUUAAGCCUUCUUCUGCCGUGAAAAAUGUUCUUGGCACCUCAUUUUUGUUUUUUGUUGGGCAAAGACGCGUCUAGGUUGGCAAACCUGUGGCCAAGCGCUGCUUCACAGACAGUAUGAUACAAUAUUAUCAUAUAACCGUUAUAUUUCUUGCGUUUCGCUCUAUUGCGCAUGCCUAGUGGUAGAUAUAGAAUGCUGCCCGACGCCACUUCACUCCGUCCUGGCCGUGAUGUAGGAGCAAAAGUAGAAGGAGCGGAGGACUAAAUAAACAUGCGUUGGCAAAGUGGCACCGUGACGACCAAAGGAUUUGACUUGAGAUCCUUCACGAAUUAGAUUGUGCCACAACCUGAAGAAUGUCAGGGACACCAAAUGCGGAGACUGAAGGAGUAGUCUCCAAAGUACAAGUGAAAAAGGAAAUCAAGACAAUCGUGGAAAAUCUGGAAACCAUCCUGGGAGACCUUAAGGAUGUAGCCAAAGAGCUUAAAGAGGUUGUUCAUGAGAUUGACACACUGACAUGUGACCUACAACUGGAGGAAGACGGACUGACAGAGAGCUCAAAGACAGACACACUCAACUCCAGCUCGAGCUCCACCACCACCACUACUACCGCCUCCAGCCUGGAAAAGAUUAAACUCUUCCCUGAGGACUGCAUUUUUAAAACACAGGUGCCCCUCAAUCCAGUCUGUGUCAACCCUCCUGCUGUCCUGACUGUACUCAAGAAACCCCAUCCGCCCUUGCCACCCCCGAGACUUACCCCACUGAGAGCUGAGGAUCAAAACAUUAAGAAUCUGCCUCAUCCAACCUUAGUCUUAUCAGGGAAUAUCUCCAAGGCUAAUGGGUCUUUAAGGAAUGGCAGCAUUUUCCCGCUGAAACCAAACAAGGAUUUAUUUUCCUCCACUCCAUGCUUCAUUUCUGGUGAAGGUGGGAUCCCUGAAUCAGGUUUUGUCCCUACAUUGCCCAGACCUAUGCCACUUCUCCGCCAUGACAAGAACAAAUGCCCCAAGGCCCCCAGCAGGGAGCCCCGCGAGAGGGAGCGUGUCCGUUUCAGUGAGAAGGUCCAGUAUCACGGCUACUGUCCAGACUGUAACCUUCAAUAUGACGUUGAUGACACAGAACUUCACUUACAGGCUGAGCUUAAUGACUUAAGGCUCAGCCCUGUGCACUGCUGCUCCUCCUCCCCACCUCCUUCUUUUUCUCAUGAACUCAUGUUGGAAAAUGGAGGGCUCUCAGUCAGCCACAGUUUCCCACCAACAACAAACACCCUUCCACCUUGUGUGCCUCCUCACACACUUUCCAUCAAGCCCCAUAAAACAAUCCUACGCAAAUCGACCACCACUACAGUUUGACACUAAAUGUCCAUGUUAUGUUUUAAACUUAAACAUUCUUGAACCAGUAAUAGUGUUUUCUAUUUUAUGAGCACUUUCUACUCCAGCUGAACUAUAGAUUUUCCAGACAGAAAGAGGAGUGGUUGGGGGACAGGACACAAAAGGAUGGAUAAUGUGAGUGGAAUGAACAGAAAAGCAUCGCUUCAGGCUCUAACACGUAAACAGAGAGACCAGGAAGAGGCGGGUCCAUAGAGAUACUUGAGCUCUGAGAGGAAGGGAUGCUUGCAUCAUACACCGACUGAACCUGGUUGAUCAGAGGGAGAGAGCAACAAGAACUGAGCUCAAACAUCAAUCCUCUUUUACAUGAAGUGCUAAUGGCUCUUAACUAACAGGAAACAAUAUCCUCUUGGACUAAUUCAUACUUUGACUUUUUAGCAUUAAACAGCUUCCAGGCACAGCUGUACAAGGGUAAAUCCAGGAGGAAAAUGUCACUGUAUGUAAGAGCAGACAGAUUAAUUAUAUUGUGGUGGUGAUGUGUUUGUUCAAAUGAAUGGCCAAAUUAAAUAUUAGAAUACUGCUGCAACCCUAUCAUUAAAAAUAAAGAGCCGAGUCUAGAUGAAACAGUACAAGAUGGGGGUGAAAUAACGUCAGCUAGUAUUUGAUUGAUGUCUACACAGACUUUUGCUCUGUGCAUACUCAGAUGGAAAUCAAUAGCUCCACUCAAGCGAUGGAAUUUGCCUUUUGAGAAUUGUAAUUGUUCGUGUGUGGAGCCCAAUAGUUCUGCCUGUGAGCAAAAUGCUGCUCUGGUGGACUGCAGAUAAGGAGAAAAUAAUAUGUCAGUGUGUGCCAUAUCAGAACCACAGAUUGUUUUUGUAAAGACCAUUGUUUUUGAAAUGAAUGACGAUGUGGUCAUUGAUCUGUGUCCAGAUGUGAUGUUCAUUUUUCAACUAUUUGAUUGACUGGUGCCAUGCAUCCACAAUUAUCUCCCAGUAACAUGCAGAGAUCCAGAGCAGUGUGGCAUAGUUGCAGCUUUAACAAAAAAGGAUUAUUGAAGAAGUAAUAAUUUGCAUCAAAUUUUUAUUUGUAUACAAAUCAACAUGUAUGUGUUUGAUAUCAAUAUAUUUCAGGCAUUUUUCUACAGAGACUUUAACAUUUUAAGAGAUGAUAUUUUUGAUAUUGUGUUGGAUGACUGAAGGUUUUUUGUUUUUUUUUAAACGAAAGCUGACAUUCCCUCAAGGCAUAUGUUUUCAGCAGGGCAGAAGAAAGAGUUAUUUACACAUAAAGAACAGUAUUUGUAUUUUUGUAUGGAUGAAUAUCUUACAGAUUGAGCUGUUUUGUGAGGGUGGGGAAGUAAGAUGACAAUGAAAAGUGGCAUAAACCAAAUAAUUGUUGUGCUUUAUCAGAAGGGAGGCAUGGGGCUGAAUGAGCGCAUGACUAACUCUUCACUUUGUCCUGCCAUCACUGUUUUUCUAUGCAUUUCUGUGGAGAGGUGUCUGUUGGUGGUCCCAACAUGCAGGGUGCUCUGCUCUCCAUUAUACAGAGUUAUUAAGAGAUAUUCUUUCUCAUGUUCUCAUAUGAUGUCCAUCAAGUUAAUCCUGCAAACAAUAUAAGCCUGAAAUAUUUUCCUUUGGCUAGUAAGCCACUGGUUAUAAAAUAAUAAUAGUGGUGAUAACAGUGUUUAUUAUGGAGAACAUUUAAAAACCCUUAUAGGGUCUAAAUCAAUAAAGAAUGAAUAAAAAUAAUGAUAUCACUAUAAGCAGGUCAUUAUUUAUUGAAAGGCUGUUCUUCAUGUUAAUGGGAAGGGAAAUGUUUCUUGCUGAACAGCAUUGCUCCAACACACACAGCCUCUCACCGUAGGAGCACCACAUUUAUAAAGCCCACCUCUUUGUUCCUGCUGAACACAGAGACUGAAUUCAUGACCAAACUAUGAAUCAAGAAAGAACCAGUUCAGAAGAUGAUUGCAGCAUCUCGAAAAGUUGUCAGCGAUAUUUUGUUGUAUGUUCACAAACUGUUUGGAAAUAACUUGUCAGAAGUAAACACUUUGCACUC